AUAUUGGCGACAUUUAUAGAGAUUCUCAAAAUGCAUAUGAAGAAUAUAAAGCUUGUUUGACUACUACUAUAUAUGGGGGUACUUAUUUGGACCCAGAAAAAUGUAAAGUUAGAGGUUUUGAUCCAAACAAUCCGUCUGAAUAUGUAAAUAAAGAUGUGAAAUUUCCGAAAUGGCUUGAUUAUGUGGAUGAUUUCCCAAAGAAAAAAAACAAGGGAAAUAAGAAUUAUAAAAAGCUAUCAAAAAAGAAAAUUCGUUCUUUAAUGACCAAAGCUUCAUAUCUUAUGGACCAUAAAAUUAAACUUGAAGAUGAACUCUAUGUUAAGGUCGUUGCCGUAAAGAUGAAUAACGACGGUGUUUUUUUAGAGGUGGAGGAGAAAGUGGGGAAGGAAUUGAAAUAUUAUGAAAUUACGUAUCAGCAAGAUAUGGUUGGAUUAUAA